AUGGAUGGCCGUGAGAUCAAUUUUCCAAUCUUGUGCUGCGCGGUCAUUUCAUGUACAUUGUUGUCACUAUCGCAGAACACUCAACCGUCAAAUUUCUUGCUCUAUAAAUCCACUGUCGAGUACGAGAUUUGCUAUUGCAGCUUUUCUCUCAGUGACUUUCACGCUACAGAAAUAUUUGGUUAUGCUACACGAUUAUCGGAGGUUGACGCUUGUUACCUUAGUCAAUCGCUGGAAUUUCAAAAGAGACGCAUACAGUAUGCUCAGCUAAUCGCUGACUUUGGAGGAUUUGUCAAUGAUGCGUUCAGAUAUUGCCUGGAAAUUGCGUCUUAUAUUCGCGGCAAUAAACAUUUACUCAGUGCACAAGAAUUGACAGACUUUUGCGAUCUGGCUGACAGGCUCAAGUAUGCUGCUUGUGCUAGUGUUGAUGAGAUGUCAUCGAUUCGCUCUCUACGCACUAUGGAACAAGAAAGGAAGCUAACACUACAAUCAUGUGAAGUUGAGUCUGGAACAUGCAGUGCAUCAGCCACUCCUUUGCCGAAGUCGUCCCCUUCGCAAAGAUUCAUGACCGAAUUGGACAUGGCUGAGACAAGCGGCAAGCAAAUGCAGACUCAAACUCCUCUUUGUCCUGGUUCAUCGACGCCAUCUCCUGUAGUGAACUCUCUGCUACCAGAGGAAGAUGUUGUUAGUCAGCAGAGCGAUGUUGGCGCUUAA